CAAUAGAAAAUCAAAAGAAAAAUGGGCAAACACUCUAUCAACUAUUAAAUAAUAAAAAUAAUACUGGUGGUGGUUCUUCUGGCAAUAAUUUUGAUGGUGGUUCCUCCGGUGAUGGUUCUUCUGGUGGUUCCUCCGGUGGUGGUUCUUCUGGUGGUUCCUCUGGUGGUGGUUCUUCUAGUGGUUUUUUUGGUGGUGGUUCUAAAUCUGAUAAUGCUAAUAAAACUAUAAAAAAUGCAUUAAUUAAUAGAAUUGAAAAUAAACUAAAACUUGAAAGUGAACAUUUAACUCCAGGAUAUAAGUUGCGUCUUAUAGCCGUUCAACAUUAUUUACAACUUCUUAACAAAGGGCAUGCGAAGUUAGAAGCAAGUCAGAUUGUUGCAGACCUAUUAAAUCGAGGAAUAUGGUUUGCUCGUUGUGUUAGAAGUUGGACUAAAGCAUUUAUUGAAUAUG